AUGGCAUGGAUAGUUGAGAAUUUCCAGGUCCCUGUACCUCUCGGGGACUGCUCAAUCCACAUCCUUAUCAAGGACCGAGAGUCCGUAGAAUAUGCGUUCAUUAUGGACGGCGGCGUUGACUCUGGUGAAUAUUCAGCCUCCAAAGCUAUAAUCCUGGCGCUAGACUAUGUCAAAGGAUAUCUCGGUUCCCAAUACGGGAUUGAAGAAAAAAAGAUCAGGUUCAAUUUAUGGGUGGUGACACACUGGGAUGCCGAUCAUUUUCGUGGCAUGAUGGACUUGAUUGCAAAUUUCGGCGAAAAGAACAAGAAGAAAAGGGUAAAGAAAAAUAGUAAAGAGAUUGAAGUGGAACUCCCAGAGCCCACGGGGUGGAUGGCUGAAAUCUUUGUCGAGGAUCCAUUCUUGUAUUGUGGGCGGUUGGAAGAGCCAUUCACUUCGCAAGCAGUAAGUGAAAUACCACCAGGCUCUGAAGUCCAAUAUCGAAUUCGGCUAAUUGGAUAUCUUGUGGAACAGUCUUCACUUGGCUUUUCGUUGACAGCGGGUGAAUCAGCACGCGGGCUUGAUAUGCUCUCUGGGGUCAAGAUCUUUAAUGCAGAUGGGACGCCUGAACCCUCUGAGCUGGAUGAUAGUCGUCCACGUUUCUGCAUUGUAGGCGCAGAUGGCUACGGUAUUGCAGUCCCAAGAUUUCAGCAGGAUGUCAACAGAAAUCAGUCAUCAAUCCUAGCCGUGCUAUUCUGGCCUGGGAAUGACGGGCAGUGCUGCUUCUACGCUGGUGGAGACGGAUUUCCAGAAUUGGAAAUCAAAAUAAUCAGCGAAUUUCUCAAGAAAAGCUCUAUCGUCAAGUUGGGCAAUGGACUUGAUCUACUGAAGCUUGAUCAUCACGGUUCCUCGCAAGAGAAUAUCUAUGGUGGUGACCUUCGGGAGGUAAAGUUAACACGGGAUAUGAAGAUAGCCGACAUGCCAAUCGGGAUUUUCAGGGCCAGAAACUACCUGGUUACACCAGGAAACCUGCAUGGACACCCAACCUAUGACGUCGUUAUGUGUCUUGUUGAUCUUCUCCGUAUAGCGACUGGGAUAACGGAAGAUGGAAGACCAAGAGGCAGAGUUUGGACCACGCGGUCUCCGUAUUGGGCGACAAAGAAAACCCCAACGACUAAAGACCUUAGCGUGUAUCACAACAAGGAUUUGCAAGAGAUCCUCGAGAAGGACCUCCAGGCGUAUAGAGAUGACACAAAGGAAGACUUAGAGAUCGGGAUGCUUCUAGCCACUGAAGCUGAAGUCAGUCAGAAACAUUUAGAUCGUGCAAAAGCCCUCAAAGCUUGGAAGACCAAGAUACUUCAGCAAGCUGCUAUACUGGAUGGCAAAAACCCGACCAAUUACCAGGUGGAGAAGAAAGUGGCAGCCGAAUGGGUGGAGAUGCUGGACAAUGUCAAGUGGAAUAUGCCAUCAUCUGAUGAAGAGGAAGAACCCAAAACCGAUAAUUCCAUUCAAGAAGAAAAGGAAACCCAAACGCAAAAAGAAGAAGCAGAAGAAGCCACGGCCAGCACACAGCUCGACUACGUCGAUAUAACACAAGAUGAUGUUAUGAACAUCCGUUUCGGAGGACAUGAGAUGUGGAAUGGCAUCUGCAGCCAGGGUGUUGUGCCUGCCCCUAUUGAUCCAUUCUUUAUCGUCCACUUCUCUUGGGUCGACGCAGUCUUCCAACCAGUUGAGUACCUAGGCGGGGAUGGCAAUCCCAAAGACUACAAGCCUGAGCCUAGCGUCCCGCCUCGCCACUCGAAGAGACCGCCGCGAAAUAAAACAGCUCAAAAGCAGAAGAUUGUAGAUCCUCGCCUUACAAAAUCCAAAACGUUAAAGAUGGGAGAGGAAUCGCUUGUGAUUCGUCUCACGAAGCAGGAUGACCUGUUUUACGUGGAUGAAAGAAGCAGCUUCUUCCACGAUAGUAGCAACCAGGAAAAAAGUCCAGAUAGUGACAUCGACCUUUCAAUGCCUGACCUUUAUGUUCCAAUAGGUCGAUAUGGAAGUCAGGCAUUGAAGGAUCACAAGUUACUUACUAAUAUAAGCGAAAUUGGGGGUCAUUCCGCUAUAGACAAUCUUAAGGGUACAAGCUCUAAGGGCUUCUAUCCCCUUCAAUUGGGAAGCACUACCUUGAAAACCGACUUCUGCACGGUGGCUUCUCUUGCUACCGGAAUAGACACGAUGCGUUCAUCUCCUGGCAUUACUACGAGAGACAUCAGUUCGACUUUUAAGACGAACGCGCAAUUUGAGAGAUCGGCUGCAAUACUCGAAUCUACCUUCAUGAAAGGGCUGAAAGCCACUGGUUCCGAGCUUGAACUCGAGAACGAAGACGAGAAAGACGCCGAAAGUUCUAUGGAAGAGGAAGUGGAUGAAGACUUUGUUCCCGAUGCUGCGUGGGAAGAUGAAGACAUUGAGAUUGACAAAGUUCUCAAGACACUAGAAACCCUUAACAAGGAUUAUCAAGAAGCUUGGAAAAACAGUCAGCCACCGGGUGGUAAUGGGAAGCGACAAAAAAGAACAGUUGAAAGGAUGAAAAAUGGAGUCUCUAAGAUGAGAGAAAUCAAUGAAAAGGCAGAGAAGGAGGUGGCGGACAUUGAUCCGGCACUGUUCUUUGGAGACGUUGGCAAAAUUUCCCAAGAAAUGAUCGAGAAGCUGCUCGUAAUGGCUGUUACUUAUAUACCCCCUAAGCCAGAGAAGAAGAAGCGCGAUGGCAAAGGGGUUGAAGGUAAUCCGGUGCAAUCUAAUUUAGUGAAAAGGGGACGGAAGACUGUGAAAAACAGGGCAUCUAAGAAGCCUAAGAGUGAGGGGUUAAAGGGAACUAGCAAGUCGAAGAUUCAGCCAAUAGGCAAGAAGGUUCACAUAUAG